GGCACACAAGGUUCGGUCGUGUCUGAUGGUGAGAGCGCUCGCGGGGGUCGGGCGCGGCGUGACGAUGGUGGGAGAGCUCGCGGGGGUCGGGUGCAGGGUAACGAAGGUGGGAGAGCUCGCGGGGAUUGGCACUCGCGCCAACGCCGGAGCCGGAGCCGGAGCCCCCGGAACGGCCGUCGCGACCAUCGCCGGGAUGGCGGACAUGACAGGUCGUCGUCGUCUCGACUCACCAGCAGCCGGAGCCGGAGCCCGGGCCGGAACAGGAGCCGGGAACCACUCAGGGCGGGCGGUCGUGGUCGCAACAGGGGGGGACAGGAAGAACGGAAGUCCAACCAAGGAAACAGGCAAGUGAGGUGUGAUCGGGACGAUUUUCGUAGCUCGGGAUUGUUGGGAGAAGACAAAGAAGCUUCGGAGGACGAUUCUCUUGGUUUUUCCCCUCACGCUCCUCGUGCGCCUGCUGUUAGAGCCGCCCCUUCCAUGCAUUCUCUGGCGUUCAAGUUAGCCAACAUGCAACUCCGAGAUCAUUCAGUUGCUGUGAAAGGUUCUGUCCCGCCCCUUGUUGUUCAAGACCCCCCCGUGCCUUCCAUGCCUCCGAGAGACCGUGCUGAUUCGCCACACCGUACGCCCUCACAAGCGUCUACUUCUGCUUCCCGUACUGAAAUGCUGUUGGAACAAGUACUUUCGCUCCUUCGAUCCCAAACGCCGGGCCAUGUUGUGGAUGUCGACGCCAACGCCGAUGUGCAACCGCUUGCGCCUCAACCAGCACCUAGACCGCCGCUUGCCUCAUCUAUUUCGCCACGAACGGAGUUGGUCCCGGGGCGGGGCCAUCCUUCGAUUUUUUCUGACGCUACAGUAGGCACAGGGACACCUGCAGGACUCGCAUCCAUCAAGGCGCAGGAGGCACCGCGUUCGGAGGAGAAGAUGGCGGUUCCAGUCGCCGCGGCCUCCCUCUCGCAACCUUUGCAGGAGCCCCCCCCCCCCCUUCAGCGUGUGUCUCUUACGUCUCAACCCGUCCUUACAGCUGACACCGUUGUCUCGAGGCCGGGGCCAGGCGCAUCGUUGCAGGCCCGGGACGACGCUGGUUUGCCUCUCUCUUCCACGGGAGCACGAGCGAGACAAGACGCUUUGGAUGCUGCGGACGCCUCUGCAGCGGAGGCUGACAUCAUUCGCAUUCAAGACAAGAUGGACAAGCUCAAGCCGGAUUCCCUUGACAGUAUUACUCGCUUGCCCCUUGGCCCCGACCCUGAUGAAUUUGCUCGCUUCGCGUCUAGCUGCCAGGCGGUGGUCAUCGAAAUUCUCGACAAAAGCGAUGUCAAGAAACAGCAGACUUUCACCUCCCCCACCUGGGUCCGCGGAUGGCUUCCUUGUUGCGCAAACGUGUUCGCCUCUGCGGUUCUUGAAGGCCAAACCACCAACCGUGCCACCAUGGAAUUCCUCGAUGCCACCUUUCAGCAGGUAGAAAAUCAUCUGCGCAAGGAACCAG